AGUAGGAGAGUGUGCCUUUCUUCUUCAAACGUCUAGGCUCUGGUGCUUUGCGAUCGAUCGAGAGAGAUGUGGAGAUCAAUAGUAUCAAGAACAGAGUGUUUCAGGCAUUCAGGAAGAACGAAGCUGCAAAGAAGGAUACCAUCCACUCCAUACCAUGAUCAGGUACAUCAAUUUCAAACCGCUUCAUUUAUCCAAACCUCAUCUCAUCUCUCCCAUAUCCCAUACUAUCCUAAACUACCUAAUCUCUCUAUCAAUCCGAGAUUUUACUCCCCCGCUUCAUUCGAUCAAAGUAAUCUCGACAUUGAACCGCACCUGGAUUCGCCAGUUUCCGAAACUGGUGAAGUUGAUGACGUUCUUGAACAAGACACUGCUUCAUUCACUCCGAAACCAGAUAUUAAAAGUAUUGAUCUCGAAACAACUAGCUAUAACGCAGAGUUGAUGGAAAAAAUGACUUUUUUAGUUCAGGAAGAUCAAAUACGUGAGAUAGAUGCUGUGAAGUUUGAAACUUUAUUAUCUUUGCUUCAGAGUAGUGAGAAUGCAGAUUGUUCUUUAGAGGAAAGUCUGAACAACAUGGAACUGGAUUUACAUGAAGAGUUUAUUCUGAAAGUGUUGGAAACUCCUUGUAUUGAAGGAGGGAAACUGAUUCGCUUCUUCAGAUGGUCGUUGUCGAAGCAGGAUGUUUGUUCAAUUCCUCUGAUGAUGGAGACUCUAUGCUGUUAUCUGAAGAAGAAUGAUGCUCAUUCUUUGUGGGAUUUGGUUAGAGAGAUUGGAGAAAAGGAGAAAGGAAACGCGGUGAAUACCAAUAUUCUCAAUGGGGUUAUCUCCUUGUUCUCGAAAUUGGGAAAAGGAAAGGCAGCAUUGGAUGUGUUGAACAGUUUUGAGAAUUUGGGAUGUGUUCCGAACGAGGAUACAUACUAUUACACCAUUGAAGCACAACUUGGUAAACGUUCUUUUCACAGCUGUGCUUCCUCUAUUAUUCAGAAGAUGUUAAACUCGGGAAAGCUUCCAGAUGAGAAUAAAACCGGAAAGAUUAUAUCUUAUUUGUGCAAAGGUAAUCUGGCUAAUGAUGCUUAUCUUGUUUAUUUAUCGGCAAAGGAGAAGAAAGUGCACCUGCCAAAACCUUCCAUCCACUUAUUGAUUUCCUCGUUAUCUCUGAAAGAUGACACGGUUCCUUUAGCUCUAGAAAUAUUGAACGAUCUCCCAGUAGAUGAUCGUAGACGUGCAAUCAACACCUUUUCUUCUGUAGUUAGGGGGCUGUGUAGAAGCAAUGACAUUAAUGGUGCUAAAGAAUUGGUGUCUAGAAUGAUCGAAGCAGGCCCACCUCCUGGAAAUGCAGUUUUCAACUAUAUAAUCGAAUCUCUUUCAAAAGCUGGUGAACUGGAAGAUGCGUUGAACAUGGUUAAGUUGAUGGAAACCAGGGGUUUAAAACCAGAUGUCUAUGCUUAUGGUGUGAUUAUAAGUGGUUAUGUGAAAGGAGGUGAAAUGGGGGAAGCUCGUAAGGUUUUGGCUGCAGCCAAGUCAAAACAUUCCAAGAUAAGUCGAGUGGUUUAUCAUUCACUCAUUAGAGGAUACUGCAAGCUGGAGGAAUUUGAUAAAGCGGUCCAGUUGUUGAAUGAGAUGAAAGCUAGCAAGGUUCAACCAAAUGGGGAUGAGUAUAGUAAGCUGAUAAAGUCACUUUGUUUAAAGGGUUUGGAUUGGAGAACUUCGGAGAAGUUGCUGGAUGAGAUGGAAAGAAAAUCUAUUCACUUUAAUGGAAUGACCAAAGGGCUCGUAACUGCUGUGAAAGAGAUGAUGCAGGAGGAGGAGGAAGUUGGCAUAACAGAAGUUGCUGUUCAGGCUGCCUAAGGAAGAGCCGCCCCUCAGAGAGAUUCUUCAGUUUUUGUUAGCCCCUUUUGGAUUUGAUCCUGUUUUGGGUUUAAUUUGGUUUAUUGAUGUUCUUCCAUAAGGUAUUAUCUGUUCUCUUUUAGAAAGGGAUGAUAACUUCAAGUUUCUAUUUUGCAUGCUUGAUAUCCAACUGAACAAAAAUGUAAUGACACUACUUAUAAGAUAGAACAAGAAUCUAUUUUCAUAGUUCUAUCA